UGUCCGAUCAGUAGAAAGCAAAUCACAAUGGCAGAAGUCGCCCCAGCACCUCCUCCCGCUAAAGCCAUGAAGAAGAAGGCUGUUAGGCCAAAGCAAACAGGACCAAGUGUCGGCGAACUGAUCGUGAAAUCUAUUUCUGCAUCCAAGGAGAGGAAAGGAGUUUCUCUUGCAGCUCUGAAAAAGGAUCUGGCUGCCGGCGGAUACGACGUAGAAAAGAAAAAUGCUCGUGUCAAGUUGGCCAUCAAGAGUCUAGUUGCUAAGGGAACACUGGUUCAACUUAAAGGCACUGGUGCGACUGGCUCCUUCAAGCUGAACAAGACACAAGCCGAGGCACAGAAGAAGACUGUGAAGAAAGCCGCUCCUAAAGCGAAGAAACCUGCAGCAAAGAAGCCUGCUGCAGCAAAGAAACCCGCUGCAGCAAAGAAACCCAAGAAGGUAGCGGUGGCAAAAAAGCCAGCGGUGGCUAAGAAGUCUCCGAAGAAAGCCAAGAAGCCAGCCACCCUUAAGAAGGCCACAAAGAGUCCCAAGAAGGCUACAAAACCCGCAGCUCCCAAGAAGGCAGCCAAGAGCCCGAAGAAGGCCAAGGCUGCUAAGCCCAAAGCAGUAGCGAAGCCUGAGGCGGCUAAACCUAAGAGGGCUGCCCCUAAGCAGAGGUAGAAAUGUUUAUAUGAUCUGCAAGCAAAGGCUCUUUUAAGAGCCACCCAAUAAUUUCACCUAAAGCUCUUACUCCGAAUUAAAACAUUUAGUAACAGUAACAUCUAGGUAGUUAUCACAUUAUAUAAUGUGUGUAAGCUAUACAUUACAGUCUAGCCUACUACAUUUCUGAUGCAAGUGGACCAGAAGUGGCAAACCACCUGUGAUGCAGUGGUUUGUCUGUCUCAAGCCUCACGUGGAAACAUAAUAGCCGGCGUAGCAUAAUACCACCCGGGACAUAUGGCUGAAGACCUGGUAUGAAGUUAAAUGCACCAUUUGGUAUAAUUUACCCAGAGUUGAUUAAACCGGAUUACUAUCAGCCAAAAACUAGCCGACUUCGAAUGCAUUUAGACGUGCAAACGGAGACAGCGAUACAAAUAUAAUUAUUUGUUUAUUUUCAUCUAUUUGGGAAAAGGAAUAAACAAAGCAUACGUGAUACAAUUCAUUUUACACCACGAGACUCAAUUGCAUUUAUAUUUAUAUCAUGAGGGGAAGUGUUUAGAAACGGCAAAACAAAUCUUAUCUGUCAAUGAAAGGAUAACAAGUAUGGUAGCAUUCUGGGUCUAUAGUUAUAAAUUCACGCCUAAAUGCUCCGGCUUUUUCUAACGUUUAUUUGUUUUGAAAGUGG